UUUUCUGUCUAUUUUCUGCAUAGCGCCAGUGUCCAAACCUACCAUUGUCACCUCCAACAUUACUGCAGUGGAGACCAAGGACUUCUCAUUGACAUGCCAGGCUACAGGCCAAAUUCACGCUUACCAGUGGUUGAUAAACGGAAUUGCCCCAGCUGGUAGCAGGAUACAGCUGUCGCCAGAUAAGAGGACACUCACUCUCAGCAGGCUCACAAGAAGAGAUAACAAAGGGCCAUAUGAGUGUGAAAUCCGGAAUCCAUUUUAUAGCAAUAGGAGUCAUCCAUUCACACUGGAUGUUGCCUAUGGCCCAGAUAUUGCCACAAUUGACCAUAUAAGCGAUCAGUUCGCAACGGGGAUAAAUGUUACCUUGAGCUGUGUUGCUGAUUCUAACCCACCAGCACAAUUCACUUGGUUACAGAAUGGACAAUCUGUCAGCAACUCAGCCUCAUUUUCUAUUAUUACAUCCCUGAAUCAUAUCGGAAACUAUACCUGUAUUGCAACUAACUCAUUUACUGGCUUGAUGCGCACUGCAAACAAGACUCUUAUGAUCUAUGCGCCAGUGUCCAAACCUACCAUUGUCACCUCCAACAUUACUGCAGUGGAGACCAAGGACUUCUCAUUGACAUGCCAGGCUACAGGCCAAAUUCACGCUUACCAGUGGUUCAUGAACGGAGUUGCCCCAGCUGGUAGCAGGAUACAGCUGUCGCCAGAUAAGAGGACACUCACUCUCAGCAGGCUCACAAGAAGAGAUAACAAAGGGCCAUAUGAGUGUGAAAUCCAGAAUCCAUUUUAUAGCAAUAGGAGUGAUGCAUUCACACUGGAUGUUGCCUAUGGCCCAGAUAUUGCCACAAUUGACCAUAUAAGCGAUCAGUUCACAACGGGGAUAAAUGUUACCUUGAGCUGUGUUGCUGAUUCUAACCCACCAGCACAAUUCACUUGGUUACAGAAUGGACAAUCUGUCAGCAACUCAGCCUCAUUUUCUAUUAUUACAUCCCUGAAUCAUAUUGGAAACUAUACCUGUAUUGCAACUAACUCAUUUACUGGCUUGACGCGCACUGCAAACAAGACUCUUAUCAUCUAUGCGCCACUGUCCAAACCUACCAUUCUCACCUCCAACAAUACUGCAGUGGAGACCAAAGACUUCUCAUUGACCUGCAAUGCUACAGGUCAAAUUCACGCUUACAAGUGGUUCAUAAACGGAGUUGCCCCAGCUGGUCUCAGGAUACAGCUGUCGCCAGAUAGGAGGACACUCACUCUCCGCAGUCUCACAAGAAGAGUUAACAAAGGGCCCUAUGUGUGUGAAAUCGAGAACCCAUUUUAUCGCAAUAGGAGUGAUCCAUUCACACUGGAUGUUGCCUAUGGCCCAGAUAUCACCACAAUUGUACAUUCCCCCGAUGAGUACCCUCCUGGGGCAAAUAUUACCUUGAGCUGUGUUGCUGAUUCUAACCCUGCAGCACAAUUCACUUGGUUACACAAUGGACAACCAGUCAGCAACUCAGCCACAUUUUCUAUUAUUGCAUCCCUGAGUGAUGUUGGCACUUAUACCUGUACUGCAUCUAACUCAUUCACUGGUUUGACGCGUACUGCAACCAAGAAUAUUAUAAUCUAUGGUGAGUAUCUGGAUUGGGCCCCCAACUUUGUGUGGGGCUCUCUCUUUCCCUGGCAUGACAGAAAUAGACAAAAGUGACUCUCUCCCCCCCCCCGGUCCCAUGGCACAGUGCAUUUUGGUAGAAAGAGCCCUGAGCUCAGAAUCAUAAAACUUGGAUAGAAUCCUUUCUUUUCUGUCUACUCUCUGUGUAGUAAAUGACUCCUCCUUUUGAGGCCUCAGUUUCUUUAUCUGGAAAAAUGAAUUACAUUUUCUCUGUAUAUAAUAGCAUUCUAUGAGUAAAGGUCCUUUUUAUAUGGUAGGUAUAAAAAGCAUGUGAGUUGUCUUCAUCAUCCUUGUUAUUGAUAUUGUAUUAUUCUCUUCUGUCCUAGUGAUAUACAACCUUCUUCAUCUCCCAAAUUCUAGGACCGCAGGUUCAAUGACUGCCCAAAACUCUUUCCUUCAAUCCCUUUCCCUUGGUGCUGUGGAACCACGGAAUAUUUCUAGUCUUGGUUGGAGUAUAAGCUAUGGUCAUGCAAUGGGGCUGGCCUUGAUUCCCCUUGGUAGGGAAAUUCUGGAGAUGGAAAGGAAGAUAUAAACUUUGUCUCCUUUCACACAAAGAGAUUCACCAUUGGACAUAUAUUUUCCUCUUUGUGGCAUUAAAUGCCACAUGGAAGCAUGUCUCUUGUGAAGCCUGGUUCUGAUCUAUUGGCUUUAGCAUUCAGUAGCUGGAUCCACUGGAGAAUUCCUGCUGCCCAAUUAAUUCACUGGUCUGACUUUCCUAUGUACAGAUGACAGACCCUCCAUUCCCAUAAUCACAUUAAUGUACAGCAGGACCAUAGAGAGAUCAUCUCUGGCCUUAGUUUCCUUUUAUUUCAUGCAGUUUUAUUGUUACAAACCUUAGGGAUAUCCCAACUUCCUGUCCCUGCCUCUAGGAAUGUUCUGAAUGGAGAUCAGGGGGGAGAGAUAGAAUUGUGAAGUGGGGAAGUGACCUUGGGGAAGUCAGACACCAACAGGAUAUACUUUAGAGGUGGAAUGAUUUUUUAUUGGCCUCAAUCUGUACAUGAGGAUGAUGAAAGCACACAUUUUAAAUGAUCAUAUAAUUAUCUCUGUGUCAUUUUCUUUUGUUAACUAUUUUCCAAUUACCUUUUCCCCUGGU